AUUUACUCCUGAAAUCCAAAAAAUCGUUGAAGUCAAAGACUCAAUUGAUACCCCAACUGUUGAAGACACGCCCUAUAAUCUCAUUGCGAAAGAAUUAUCUAAACCAAAAACUAUACCAAAGACUCAACCUAAGACUUAG